CCCUCUCCAAAUUCGUAAGAUUGAUGUUUUGUGAUCUUUCAAUUUUUCAUUUCUUCAAGUUCAUUGCCUUGGGCCAGUUUGAUUUUGGAUUGAUGUUGGGAAGGAUUGAUAUUGGGCUAGUUAAGUGGAAGUUAGUGGUGUAUUGAACGAAAUGCCUCAUUCACUCGAGGGGUUUAUAUUUGUUCUUAUUCACGUUCUCGUCAUCAUUAUGAAAUGGCCGACUUUCUGCCUGAGUAGUAUGGUUGAGAGUAAAAUUUUAAAUGUUGGAGAGGAGCUAUGGAGGGAAACAUUACCAUUACAGAUGGGUUCUCGCUUGUAUCAUCUUCAAGGACUCAAACCUGAUAUGUGGUAUGAAGUGAAGAUAUCAUACCCGGGAUCUAUACCUGCUAGCUUCUCGUUAGAACUAAAGAGAGACUUGACAAGCCCUGUUGAGAAGCAGAGCAGAAAGUUGCUUGAUACUGAAAAGCUUAUUUUUAAGACAGAGGGCAUGAAGUUGAAGGGAGAUCAGGUUGAUGCGCAUGUAUUGGUUACUGUGAAAUCCGAGGGAGUUGUUGCCAUACCAUCUGUACGGGAAAUGGAGUCGAUCGUCUACAAUAUAGUUUGUGACGAACUACUUAUCGGCAUCCCACACAAAGCUUGGGGGGUUGGAGGCUUGGUUAUAUUCUGCUUGAUAUUGGCAUUCAUCAUCCCAUCUCUUUUACCGCCAUGGCUGUUACAGACCAACCAGACCCAAGGGCCAGGAAAUCAACACGCAUCCAAGAAUUCUUAAAUUGGCUAGUCUAUCAAAGAACUUGUGCAACAGCUCGAAGGCUGUAAGGAUGGAGAAGUUAUUGUAGAGUGUUAAGCUGUCUGCCUGGUCGAACUAACUGCCAUUUAUCUCACACGGAUAUCCUUCUAAUGGACCUUGAGAAGGAAAAACAUGUAAGCUUUUGGUCCAUUAUCAAUAUUUUGGUUCUUUGUUCAUUUGUCAAUAAAGCAAUUUACUACUGUCGAUCAUUUUUUUUUUGUUGAGUUCAAUGAUGUGUAGGGUGAAGGUUUCAAACCUUACUUAUAUCAAAAUGUUGAGGUUGAAUUUAGCUUCUCUUAGAUAAUA